CAACGCCCGCUUGGCCCCGCCCCCCGGGCUGUCUCCUCUUCCGUCAGGACGCCACAAGAUGGUGGCGGGCGGGACGGGCAGGUUGCUGUGCUCGCUGCUGGUCCCGGCGUUGUUUCUCAGCGGAGCUCUGUGCCUCUGCGUGGCGGUGCUGCUGUGGGCAGCGCGGCUCUGGCUGCAGGCGAGGAAGCAGCGGCUCAGCCCGGCAGGGAGGGACGGGCAGCGGCCCGUGCUGGUGGCGUUUUUUCACCCGUAUUGCAACGCAGGGGGCGGAGGGGAGAGGGUCUUGUGGUGUGCCAUAAGGACACUCCAGAAAAAGUACAAAAAUGUAACGUGUGUUGUUUACACUGGUGACAGGGAUGCCACUGGAGAAGAAAUAGUAGAAGGUGCUUUCAGAAGGUUCAAUAUUAAAUUAACUCAUCCUGUGAAGUUUGUGUUUCUAAAAAAACGCUAUCUCGUGGAAGCUUCUCUUUAUCCUCACUUCACUUUGCUGGGACAAAGCUUAGGCUCUGUGUUCCUUGGCUGGGAAGCUCUUCUGAAGUGUGUUCCUGACAUUUAUAUUGACUCGAUGGGUUACGCCUUCACGCUCCCCCUCUUUAAAUAUUUAGGAGGUUGUCGCGUUGGAUGUUACGUCCACUAUCCCACCAUCAGCACCGAUAUGCUGUCUGUGGUCAGGAAUCAGGACACCAGGUUUAACAACGCAGCCUUCAUUACAAACAAUCCGCUCUUCAGCAAAUUCAAACUCGUCUACUACUACUUGUUUGCGUUCUUGUAUGGAUUGGUUGGUUCUUGCAGCGACGUGGUUAUGGUUAAUUCUUCGUGGACGCUCAACCACAUCCUUUCCAUCUGGAGAACUGGGGCUUGCACUAGCGUGGUGUAUCCGCCGUGUGACGUUCAAACUUUCCUGGAUAUUCCACUGGAAGAGGAAAAGAGCACCGCUGAAUGUUCGAUUGUUUCCGUCAGCCAGUUCAGGCCUGAGAAAGAUCAUCCUUUGCAAAUCAGAGCCUUUGCUAAGCUGCUGAAAGAGAAGAGACUGGGGCAGCAGCCAUCACUGAAGCUUAUUUUAAUUGGAGGCUGCCGUAACCAGCAAGAUGAAGAGCGUGUAAAUAACCUGAAACGUCUUUGUGAAGAGCUGGGAGUUAGUGACAGCGUGAUGUUCAGAAUAAACAUUCCCUUCGAGGAGUUAAAGAAACACCUGGCCGAGGCCACCAUCGGCCUGCACACGAUGUGGAACGAGCACUUUGGGAUCGGAGUGGUUGAAUGUAUGGCAGCUGGCACAGUUAUCCUGGCUCACAAUUCUGGAGGCCCCAAACUGGAUAUUGUGGUACCCUACGAAGGACAUAUUACAGGCUUCCUAGCAGAAAACGAGGACAAUUAUGCUGAGAAAAUGGCUUAUAUCCUUUCUUUGUCUCCUGAAAAAAGGUUAGAGAUCAGAGAAAAUGCUCGCCGGUCUGUGUACAGGUUUGCUGACCAGCAUUUUGAAGAGACAUUCCUAUUAUCUGUGGAGCCAUUAUUUAAAUAAAUGUAUGUGAAUAAAAAUGCAUAUGAGUAAAAUUAUCUUUUUAUAUUUGACCAGGUACGACCUGUAAAUGUAAAUAUAUGUAAUUUAUGAUCUCUGGGUCCCGUUCAAUAAAGAGACUUUUUUUUUCUUUCUGUCAG